CCAAUUGUAGCUAUACAUCUAGUAGCCGAUCAUUCAAUAAAUAUAAAUUAAUAACAUUUUUCCAAAUUGUAGUGCACUUAAAUAUUUUUCAGAAUGUUGGAAGGUAGCAAGCACUCGACUCGAUGUAUAAGUGCGCAAGGUCAAUACAUUUUCGAUUUUAAAACUAAACAACCGCUGCUAAGUCUAGGGGCGAUUCCUUAUCUGAAGCCUGUCUGCUCGUUGGAAUUGGCAAGUGAUUUGGAAAACUGCCUAGAAGUCAUUAAUAGUCCAGCUUCAGAAGAGCUCGUGAUGGACUUAUCUUGGCCUGCCACCAGACUCAGCACGAUUUCAUCUAAUCAUAAACUGAACAUUUUUCCCGAGAGUAUCGACUAUUCAAAAUUGUUGUCGUUUGAGUCCGAUUCGCCACACGAUUCGCAUCACAAUUCGAUGGAACUGACUUUGGAGAAACCGAAGCUAGCACAUUACGAAGAGAAGGACAACGACGUAUACUUCAUAGCAGAUAUGGAUCCAGGUUAUGCUGAACUAGAGAAAGUUAUCACGUCCGAUAAUACAGAAGCACCCUCUGUGGUACAGCCCAAGUCUGGAAUACUUAACGAAAUCUUCAGGAGUAGAUUGCUUUCUGCACAGAGUGUGAACGACUUCUUUGUCAAUGCUAAUCAAAUGAGGAUUAGAGUCUCAUACGAUGAUAUUCUGAAGUGUAGACUAUUGACUGCAAAUGUUAUUAAAGACAUUUUACGCGAAGAGCAGCUAGAUUUGCCAACAACUCAAUCUAGCAUUUCUAGCCACCAUUUAGCUUUUUAUAAAAUUAACCUUUUAAGUUGGCAAAAACUUCAUGAGUUUUCUCCGCCCACUUCCGAUGAAAAUAUGAAUCAUUGCCAGCCAGGUCAAAAUUUGAAGCUAAUUGGCAUGUGUCUUGAUAAUACUGAAAUAAAUAUUGAUUCCCCACAAGAGAAACAUUUUGAUAAUCUAAAGAGUACGAGAGAUAAUCAAGUGCGAGCUAAUGGACAUGUAGAUGAUCUAGAAUCAACUGAAUCUAAUGUGGACUUGACCAUUGACCCUGUUGUAACCCGGAAUGAGAAGCUCGAAGGAACACUAAAGACGUUCCUCGAUAUAAGUGAUCCAGGAGUUAUUAGAAAGACAGGUGUUCAGAUAUUCCGCAAGGAAACUAAACUUUUCGCUUUUGACAGUAAAAAGCAAUGGCUUAAGAAAGGCGAAGGCCUGAUUGAGGUUUGGAGACAGCCAAGCACUGGGAACUGUUACAUUCUACUCUGGGACCAGAACUCACAAGAUCUGCUGGUGCAUGUGCCCGUAGAUGGCAAAUGGAGCGUGAAAUAUUCGGCAAAUGCAUCCAACAGCUGUCACUGGCUCUACUACAAUUUCGCGAAUUGUCCUCAAGGAGUUCACCAGCCUCUGUCCUGUAGUUUCACAGACGCAGACGUGGCUUCUCAGUUUGUGCACACUGUGGCCAAUUGUGUAAAGACACCCAUACAUUAA